AUGGCAUCCGAAAGCCCAGCCUCGCAACCGAACAGCAGCAGCGCAACACCAGGAAAGGGACUCCACGUUCUCGCCUGCGUCUUCUGUCACCAGCGAAAGAUCAAGUGCGAUCGCAAAUCACCUUGCGCGAAUUGUAUCAAGGUUUGUCAGGCCCGUCCCAGCUUUGCCGAUGCAGCCGAGAAGUGCGAGCUGAUGCGAGGUCAGGCCGAUCAACCGUGCAUCCCCUCCACGAGGGCGCCCGCCGGGGCAGGGAGGAGGCGCGUCGUCAAGGACUUGUUGGAGAGACUCAAUCAGUGCGAGUCGCUCCUGAGCCAAGUUGCUCCGCGAGAUGCGGAAGGCCGACCUAUUCUCGACGGGACGCCACCGGCAUCACGCGAUGCUGCGGCGGCUGUCGAUAGCCCGUCGAUGUCGUGGGUGAGCUACGAGGAGGCUCGAAAGCAACCAAGUCAAAGGCCGAAAGGAAAGAUCGUGGUUGAUGAGGGUCGUCCAACUUUCAUGGAAAGCCCACUUCGUUCCAAUGUUGUCGAUCAUCUGCAAUUCUCAAAGCUAAGCCUGAACGACCACGUGGAAGAGCAAGCCGAUCAGUCUGGCUCCUCCACGGCAGCCGACACCAACGAUGAUGGCAGUCUUCACGGCCGUGACUCCAUGGACUUUGAUCUGUUAGCGCUCGGCGCCGUAGAGAUGUUGAGGUUAUGGCAGGUAUUUCUGGAGCGUGUGAACCCCAUGACGAAAGUCGUGCAUGUUCCCAGCCUAGAACCUCUCGUGUUCGAGGCUGCCACAGACCAUGGAAACGUCGCUCCAGAUUUGGAGGCGUUGCUAUGCUCCAUUAACGUGCUUGCCAUAAUGGCGCUCUCGGAGGCGGAAUCCGAGCAAAUUCUUAACGUUGCUAAGAGCAAAGCUCUCAAGAAGGCAAACCUUGCCCUCAAAAAGGCGCUAUCCAGGGUGGAUUUCCUGCGAAAAUACAAUCUUACCAUCUUGCAAUGCUUGGUUCUCUACUUGGUCUCGCUUCAGGGCCAAUUCGAUCGUCAUGCAUCGUGGAUUCUGACCGGGACACUGGUCAGGAUAGCCCAGAGAAUGGGCCUUCAUCGUGACGGGGAACUAUUAGGGCUCCCGCCUUUCGAGGUGGAGAUGCGCAGGAGAAUAUGGUGGCAGAUUAUCAUGCUAGAAACAAAGUACGCGAUCCUAGCAGGUUUUUGCGACACAUUGCUACCGCCAAACUGGGACACAAAGCUUCCCAGCAAUCUCAACGACGCCGACUUACUGCAAGGAUCAACAGAGCCCGUGAAAUCUCGAGAGGGCGCGACCGAGAUGGCCUUCUGCUUAAUGAUAUAUGAGGCCAGGCAUUUCUUCUGCGAGAACCCUGUUCCAGAAUUCGAGGCGGUGGUCCUCGGAACAGGGGACGUCAACGCAGACAGCUCGAAAAGGAUCAGCGGAGCGCAAGACCUCGACAAGUACCGCCUCAUAGUGGACCAGUUGGAGGAGCGAAUGAUCAAGGCUGAAAAGAGAUAUUGCAAUCCAACUAUUGGAGGGAUCCACGUUCUGGCAUGUAAACUUCGGCUUCUCAUCGCUCAGAAGAUGCGCGACAUGAUCACCCACGCGCGUGAGCCUUGGGACGAGAAUUCCGAUAGCCUCGAAGGUCAGCAGUCUCUCUUCAGGCUGUGGGUCAUUCACUUUGAAAGCGACCUAAACUGGUACGAUACGAUUGAUGAGAGGUUCAGAUGGCAUCUCAAGCUGCAUCUCCAGGCCGACGCCUUCUCCGUCAUGAUUGAGUUGCUACAAUGGCAACCGGUGGGAACUCUGGUAGACCGGGCAUGGAGAGCGAUAGACAGGAUAUUUCAUCACCACCCAGAGUUAUACGACCUGGGAAAGAAGGAAAACUUGCAGCGUGCGGAGAAUCUUCUCGCUGGAUGGCAGAGACGAGAGUCGGCAUUUUGCAACAUAGGCCAGGCCAUCGAGACGCCAGUGGUCAUUGAGAGAUUGAGAGGCAGUGGGAAUUUCCCGCCUAGCAAGAUGAGUUCGUUUGGUGAGCCAUUUGCCGGCACAACAGCAGACAGUACGUUGUUUUCUCCGCUCGGUGAACCCGGCUUCGACGGUUUCGAUGGAAAUAUUCUUCUGAACACAGAAGCUGCCUCUUUCUUCUGGGAUCCCUCAGGGGAGCAUCAUCAUGCAAAAUAA